AUUAAAUAACUGCAAAAAUUUGUUUCUUCUUCAACAAAACAAGCUUUAUAAAAACAAACCACCACCAGUUCAUCAAUUCAUCAAUGGCGGCAACAAUCCUCUCUCUCCUCCUCACACUAACACUCCUCCAUCUCCACCCACCGCCGCUCUCCGCCGCCUCCAACAACCUCCGCCGCACAACAACUCUAUUCACACCACACCUCAAUUUCAACACCACAUUAUCAUCCGCCGCCGCCGCCGAAGCUACUCCAACCACCUACUUCGAAGUCACCAAACCAAUCCAGCUCCCCGCCACCGCGCCAUGCUCCUACCUCCUCCUCCAGCACGAUUUCGCCUUCACCUACGGCCAGCCGCCGGUCCUCGCCGCCUACACGCCGCCGCCGCACUGCCCCUCCCCUAACUCAGCCAAAAUCGUCCUCGAGUGGACGGCGACGUGCAAGGGCAGGCAAUUCGACCGCAUCUUCGGCGUCUGGAUUGGCGGCGCCGAAAUCCUCCGCAGCUGCACCGCCGAGCCGUCCGCCGCCGGCAUUGUCUGGACGGUGAAGAAGGACGUCACGAGGUACUCCUCUCUGCUCUCCACAAACCAAACCCUAGCUGUUUAUUUGGGGAAUCUCGUCGAUUCCACCUACACCGGCGUCUACCACGUCAACAUCUCCCUCCAUUUCUACGCCACUGAGGAAAAAACCGCCUCCACCGCCGCAGAUCUAAUCCUUCCGAUCUCGAAAAAUCCGCAAUUAAACGAUGGAUUGUGGUUCGAAAUCGAGAAUUCGAAACAAGCAGAAUCGAAGCCAUUCAGAAUUCCGUUGAACACAUACAGAGCUGUGUUGGAGAUUUACGCCUCGUUUCACGAAAACGAUGAAUUCUGGUACGGAAAUCCCCCAAAUGAGUACUUAUCAGCCAAUAACCUCACCGAUCUGGCCGGAAACGGUCCUUUCCGAGAAAUCGUCGUGAAAUUGGACGGCGAAAUCGUCGGCGCCGUCUUCCCGUUCACCGUGAUCUACACCGGCGGAGUGAAUCCCCUCCUCUGGCGGCCGAUCUCCGCCAUCGGCUCCUUCGAUCUCCCCACCUACGACCUCGACCUCACACCUUUCUUAGGCGAAUUGCUAGAUAACAAACCUCACGAUCUCGAAUUCAGCGUGACGAAUGCGUUGAAUGUUUGGUACAUCGAUGCGAAUUUGCAUCUGUGGAUAGACGAGAAAAGUGUGAAAACACAGGGGAAGCUUCUAGAGCACAGAGCUUCGGAACUCUCUCUCUCCGUUUUCUCCAACUUCACGGGCUUGGACGGCGUGUUUGUCACCAAUGCCAGCCGCUCGAUCAUCUCGAGUGGGGUGGUGAGCUCAUCCCGAGGCGAGGUCGUCACGACCUCGCUCCGAGAGCUGGGGUACACUAGCUGGAUGACGAUGGGGAAUGAUGGGAACAAGCAAGUUGUUGAGCAGGUGAUCACAUUCAACACGAGCGUUAAUAGUGAUCGCGUUAAUAGUGAUCACCGCCUCGCCUCGUCUCCGUCGUCUUCUGCAAACGCGGAGAGGAGGUUUAGCAUUUGGUACGCCACAGACUAUGUGGACAACGACGAUGGAAGCCACGCCUCUGUAGCGAACGUCACUCUGGGGUUCGAGGAGGGGGUGAGGAGGAGCGGGGCAGGGACGAGCAGGGUGAGGAACGUGCAGAGGGCGGAGGGGUCGACGGUGGUGAGGGGGAACUUGGUGGUGAGUGGAGUUGGGAGAAAUCAGCAAGAAUAUGGCUACUCUAGUGAUGAUAAAUGGUGCUAUUUUAGGAAUGUGAGCAGCUUCAACUACACUAUUCUUCAUGAUGAAGUCAGCCAUGCUUGUAUAAAAGAUCGAUUGUGGCCAUAUUCUUCGAGGAAGAACUUUCGUGUGAAGAAAGGGCUUAUUGGAUUUUGAUGUUUUUUUUCAUUAUGGAAAUUGAGGUGAAAAUUAGUGAUUUCUUGCAAGUGUAAUUAAGAUAUUUGGCUUAUUGAAUAAAUUAGUUUCUGCCUUAGUAA